UCUGGAUAAAUUCUGAGGGGAAAAAAAAUGGGGAGACAGAAUGGGCUAUCAAGAUCAGAAAGGCCUGUUCCUCACUCCUGACUCCUGCUUUCCGGCUUCUGGACGCACACCAUGCCCAGGUGUUCCUCCUUGACUCCCUGAGUAGUCUCAGGUGUCUCCAACAGCCAGGUACUCCCUUUUAUUCAUGAUUAGCUCAUCCUUGGAGCCUCCUCCCUGAAGUCUGUGAGACUACAGAUGAAGGGGUGCUUGGGAACUUCAAUGCUAUUGAAUCCCAGGAUUCUUUCCUGGAGCCCUGCCUUCCUGCCGCUUUGCCACCUGUCUUGGCACAAGUUCUGCGGUCUUCCCGUCAACACCUCUUGGGAAAAUGGAGGAUCCUCUGCCUUGUGCUGUACUUGUGGAUCUGGAAAGAUGCAAGAAUCCUGGAUUUCCCACAUUCUUUGUGUGUGUGUGUGUGUGUGUGUGUGUGUGUGUGUGUGUGUGUGUGCGUGUGGGGGAAGUUUUUUUUUUUCUUUCUUUCUUUCAUUGCUCUGUAUAGCCUUGGCUGUCCUGGACUAUGUCUCUGCCUCCCUGAGUGCUGGGGUUAAAGGCAUGCACCACCAAGCCCGGCUACCACAUCCCUCUGUUUAGGGCAGCAAUCUGGCUUGCUUUCUGUCUGACUAAAAGGGAAUAACUGCUCUGAAGGAAGCGCCUACCCAUGUUGGCUAGCCCACCCUUCCUCCAAAGGGCCCAGCUCACCUUCUGGCCCUCCCAUCUUGUCUAUAAUUUUAAUUGCCACUUUUCUUUGAUGUUUUUUGGAAAAUGCUUCUUUGACUUUUGAGUAGGUCCCUUCCCCAAUGGUCUUGCCCAGCUGGUACCCAUUGGAGAGUAGAAAGUCCUCCAUGCUGUGUAGCGCCUCCUUCUUGUCACCCUCUCAGCUCAUGCUGCCUCCGUGAGGCAGCUCUACUCCACCAUCGCCCUUGGCCUGCUUCUUUUCCUCCCAAGGACUUCAUCCACAGCUGCCUCCAGGGCUAGAACAUUCUCCGUCUGGACACAGCCACAGGUGGUGGGGAGGGAGAGGACCAGACAUUUUUAAACUCCUGUCCAAUUGUGAUGUAAAUGCUGUGUGACCCUCAGACAACAUGGGCAGUGUCCCUGCUUUCCCUCACCACCACCAGCAGCUAACCCAGCAUGGGUUAAGUCAUUCUUGAGGAAGGCAGCAGUGCUGAGGAACCGGCCUGGGCGGCCGCGUGGGCCAGGGAUGCGGGGCUUCUCCAUGUGGACUCCGCUUCCAGGCAGGCCGCCCUCGCCCCCGAGGUCCCCAUCGAACUGUUGGGGGACAGUGCAAGCCAGUCACCAAGGUGCAGUCGCCAGAACCCUCUGGCUUCAGGCCCAGGCCCACACGGAGUGCCCGAACGCUCUGGAACACCCUAGAAUUCUAGCGAGGAACAGGCUGUGUGAGGUCAGCACGCAGAGACCGGGGUCACAAUGCAGUCCUCCCCUUCGACGCUGGGGCCGGGACUUGCAUCAGACACCUGCCAGGCUCCGCCUGGACCGGAGCGUCCUCCCGCGGCCAGGGCUCGGGCAGUUGCUUCCAGCCUGGGACCGGCCUCGGCCUCCGGCAGAGUGCCCCGGGGCCUGGACAUGAGUGCCCAGGAGACCCCACAGGGUCGAAGAUUCCCCAUUGAGGCCGGAGACUCCCCUGGCCUUGCCUCCGCCCCCGAGUCCCAGGACAGCCCGGAGCCUGCUGCCACGGAUCAAAACCCGGUCAGGCCGCUCCGACGCUGCCCGGGCUGCCACUGUCUGACGCUGCUGCACGUGCCCAUCGACGUCUACCUGGCCAUGGGCGGGAGCCCCCGGGCCCGUGCUACCUGAGUGCGCCUGCGCACGGCAGCUCUGCAGGAGCCGGGAGGGACGAGGCCAGCCGCGGGCCACCACGCUGAGGUCGCACGCGCCGAGCACGAGACAAUGAUGCACAUUUUAAAAUAAAAGAAUGAUGCACAUUUUAAUAAAGCACAGCAUAAACUGUUCUUUCCA